CGCUUUCUCUUUCCUCUUCUUUACACAAAAAUUCUUAUCGACGCACACACAAGUCGAACACUCUCUCUCUCUCUCUUUUCCUCUUUUUUUUUUGAACUUGAAGAAGAAAUAUGCUGCGGAUACCAUCAUCAGUCCCUGACGACGACGAAAGGAAACAUGGCGAUAACUACCAUAGCAACAAGAACGAUAACAACAACAAUGUACUACCCAGUGCGACAUUUGCAUCGCAAUCAGCAAUUACCCACUCCCACGAUGCACCCACUACCGGAACGACUCGACGUAAUAGACCCCAUCGCAUGUCGCAAAGCAGUAGACAAUUUGCUUCUACUUCUACUACCACUAUUGCUGCUGCUGCUGCUGUUACACCAACACCAACAACAACAUUCCCUUAUACCGCCGUUGCUGCUAAUGUGUCUGCAGCUAGUCUUCCACGCUCAUACACCAAAGCAGACGGAUUAUACAGACUUGCCCGUUCACAAGAUUCUCAAAUUAUGCAUACCAACGUUGACCAUCAAUCGCUCAUGGACGCUCUAUUCUCUGAUUCUGACGAAGCGUUAGAGAGAAGAAGCAUAAGAAGAGCAAGAACGACAAGACCAGAUUCGCAAGUGUCGUCGUCGUCGUCAACCUCGGAUUCCUUUGGUAGAGGAUCUAUUGAAUUGGCAAUCAGCAGCAACAGCAACAGUAGUAGCGACGAAGGGCGACAACAACGAGCAUUAGUAGCAGACGACGAUAUUGUUGCACAUGCUGGGUCAGAGACAUUGAUGGAUCUCUUUGGCGCACAAAAGGACCUUGAACAGCAAAUGCAUGCUAUAGAACAACAAGAAAAGGAUGCUUAUGCUGCUGUUGCUGCUGCUGCUGCUGCAACAAGAACGGAAAGGGAAGACUUGUUGGAUGUUGAUGAAAUGGAAAAAGAAGAGGAAGAACACGGGGAGAAAACAACAACACAUGAACAAGAAUUCGAAAUGCCAAGCUUCAUACGAGUACUGUAUAUGGGUGCGGCAUCAGAAAAGGACAAGCGCAAUUUCAUGAAAAAGCUGUCUCAAGCAUUUGCUACAUUAUUUCAUUAUGAUUCACCAUCCUGGCUGCAAAAUCCCAAGAUGUUCAAGGAAAGGAAGCACCAUUUGUUGCUGAUGGAUCUUGUGCCUCCUGAUCAAGGUGGAGAGGAUCAAUAUGACAAUAUCAUUGAGACGUGUGAAGAUAACGGCUUGUCCAUCAUUGAAGCAGAUUUCACCUGGUCUUCAUUAUCGUCGUCGUCGUCGUCGUCGUCCAACGAAAAGACAACAGCAGAAGACAAGAACAACCUUACUUUUAUGAUCGAGCAAUACGUUUGGCUACAGUGCGAUUCUGCAAGACAAUAUCCAAGCGAUUGGCAGCAACAGCAGCAACAACAAGUUCCUGUCUAUGCUCGCCAGAAGUUUGAUGGAUUUGUUUACCCGGAUAAAGCACCCAAUGGAAUUGAUCUUUGCGUAUAUUUCUACGAUAACAACUAUGACGAACAUAAUGUCAAGGACCGGUUAAGAACCGACGAGGACAUGGUCAUCUUGUGGCGACUUAAAAAGUUGGGCAUUCCCAUCAUGCCCAUUCUAUCAAGUGGAAACACUGCUACCACUACUACUACUACUACGACAAGACCUCGAUCUCAACACCAUCAUCAUUAUCAAUACCCAAGAUCUACUGUCUCUUCUUCUUCUAGUGCCUCCAAUCCACCACCUCUUCCUGCUUCUAGUGUUAUUAAUACUGGCGCCGCUGUCAACACCAUUCCAACCAUUGACGAACGACGUACACAAUUUGCGGACUUGCUUGCUCAAUACAAGAUCAGAUGCGUCGAUAUCUCAUUGUCCAAACUUGACGUGGGCCUUGCACCAUCAUUUCAAAAAAAUGCGAAAAAGAAAG